UUGUCGAGGGGUGGGAUUCCUUCUCGGUUAGUCUAUUGAUUUUUGUCACUGUUCUGCCUUGUUUAGGCAGCUGUAUGGUUGCGGUAUCGUGGGCUGUAGGUUCCCUGUUAUUUCUCGGAGAUGUAACCUCACCCUACACACACUUCCUGGACCUCUGGAUCUUGCAGUCUUUGUGCCGCUUCUGCAGUGUUCCCUGAGCCUUGUGUGUGCUGGUAACUCAAACCUGGGCGGUGCCAUGGAGGCCCCGGCGCCCCAGCCAGUGAAGCAGGAGAACCUGGCCGUGGAGGCUCUGACGCUUGACUCCCCGUGGCACCGCUUCCGCCACUUCCACCUGGGCGAUGCAGCGGGGCCACGCGAGGCCCUGGGGCUGCUCCGUGCCCUGUGCCGGGACUGGCUGCAGCCGGAAGUGCACACGAAGGAGCAGAUGCUGGAGUUGCUGGUGCUGGAGCAAUUCCUGAGCGCCCUCCCUGCAGACACCCAGGCGUGGGUAUGCAGCCGCCGGCCCCAGAGCGGAGAAGAGGCUGUGGCGCUGCUGGAGGAGCUCUGGGGCCCGGCAGCCUCCCCAGAGCGCUCGUCAGCAAUGAGGGCACCUCGGGAUCUGACAGAAGGCCCGGGGCUCAGUGUUGGAAAGGAAGAAAGUGGGGUAAUUCCCUUAGGAACCGAUGCCGCCUCCGGGACAGAGGUGCCUGCCACAGGGAACGGCGAGGCCACGCGCCCGUACAAGCAGGAGCCGGGCAGCCCUCCGCCAGCUCCGCUGGUACCCGUCCUCCCUGCCUUCCUGGUGGCCCCAGGCACCGUGUCGUGCCCGGAAUGCGGCAAGUCUCCCCUGAAGCCAGCGCAUCUGCUGCGCCACCGGCAGAGCCACUCAGCGGAGAAGCCGCACGCAUGCCCGGAGUGUGGCAAGGCUUUCCGGCGCAAGGAGCACCUGCGGCGCCACCGCGGCACGCACCCUGGCAGCCCGGGGCCCGCGCUGCGCCCCCUGCCUGCGCGCGAGAAGCCGCAUGCGUGCUGCGAGUGUGGCAAGACCUUCUACUGGCGCGAGCACCUGGUGCGCCACCGCAAGACGCACUCUGGCGCGCGGCCUUUCGCCUGCUGGGAGUGUGGCAAGGGCUUUGGGAGGCGUGAGCAUGUGCUCCGCCACCAGCGCAUCCAUGGCCGGGCGGCUGCCGUAGCGCAAGGGACUUCUGCACCGGGGCCAGAGGGUGGCGGCGCCUUUCCGCCCUGGGCUCUGGGGUAGCUGCGGUUCUAAUCACCUGCUGCAGGGCGUCAUCCCCUUAAGAGUCCUCCCAACUUCUUCCCUUUCUAGCCCCGUAUCCGCUCCUUCCUCCCCUCUGGAAUUCUCAGCUUGCACCCGCCCCUGUGAAAUACCCUUCUCUCCCUCCCUCAUUCCGUCCUCUUUUUCAUGGAGAAGAGACUUGUCCCAGGACAUCCUUCACAUGGGAAAAGGGGCUCAGGGGAGGAGCAGAGCCCCCACCCCUCCCAAGGAAGGUGAUCUUGACUUCGAACCCCAGAAGAGAGUUGGGGCCAACGGAGAGAGGAGGCCCAGACCCGGAUCUGGUUCUCUCCAUGGCCCAAAGGAACGAGGUGGGGAGAGGUACCGAGAGCUUGUCCCAGACGGCAGGUCACCAGCAUCUGAGAGAGUAAUAAAGUGACUGACUCAGUG